CGAGCGUACGGUAAACGCACAUAGAAAAAAGUCGUUCUCUCUAUCACAAUUAAAAUUUGAUUUUUCCAACCAUUCUAGAAAACGCGGAUACCUUUCUCUCUCUCUCUCUUUCUCUUUCUCGCUGUCUCUUAGCUCUCUGUUGGUAGCGUGAGGUAUAAGCGGAGGAGGGGCAGUGAUCUGGUGCGGCGGAGAGAUGGAUCCAGACCAGUUGGCUAGAGCAUUCGUGGAGCACUAUUACACAACGUUCGAUGCGAAUCGUGCCGGAUUGGCUAGCCUAUACCAAGAGGAGUCCAUGCUUACUUUCGAGGGUCAGAAGAUCCAAGGCUCCCCAAACAUCGUCGCCAAGCUCACCAGCCUCCCUUUCCAGCAGUGCCAACACAGCAUCACCACCGUCGAUUGCCAGCCCUCUGGCCCCGCCGGCGGCAUGCUCGUCUUCGUCAGCGGUAACCUCCAGCUCGCCGGUGAACAACACGCCCUCAAGUUCAGCCAGAUGUUCCAUUUGAUACCAACACCGCAGGGAAGCUUUUACGUGUUUAAUGACAUAUUCCGUUUGAACUAUGCAUGAAGACAAGAUAACCACUCAAAUUCAACAAAUGGAAGUUGUAUGCAUCCAAAAUGUUCCGGAUUGUAUGUUUGUUUAUCAUUGUUUAAUUAUAGACAUAUCAAAUGGAAAGAAGGUUUUCUUUGAAUGGUUGUGUUUAAGGUUUCAUUAUGCUUUUGUCCCCAUAUUUCAGAGGUUUCUCAGUUGUGAUUGUUUAAAUGAAAGAUACUUUCAUGGAUAUCUGUUUGAAUGAAAUGGGUUUACUA